AAGAUCCAAGAAUAAGAAUGGGAAUAAGACAAUUGAAACAACGACUAGAAAGUAUGGAAACAAAUUACAAAUAUGUUUCUCAGUUAACAAAACAACAAACUAAUAAACAUAUCCAGGAAAUUGAGAAAGUCACAAAUAGAAAAAUAGCAGAAGCCGAAACAGCAGAAGAUAAAAAAGCUUAUCUAUACAAAACAAUAUCUGCAUUGACAGAAACUAAAGAUGCUAUUCUCUGGAAAAAAAGAGACCUAGUAAAAGACUUAGAAGAAGAAUAUGGGUAUGCAACUAAUCAAGCAUUGACAUUAGAUAGAAAAGAUUUCGAAGCCAUGGAAGAAUAUGAACAACGAAUCUUAAUGGAAAGACUUGCCAGACAAAUGGAAUUAAGCGAAAGUGAACCAUUACGGCAACAACUCCAAGUAAAAUAUAGAGAAUUACUGGGAGUAUCAUUAGAAAACUUAGACAAAAUGCAUGAUAUAGAAGAUGAAGAAAAACAAAUGUUUGAAGAACAAAUCAAAGCAAGAAGAAAAGGCUUAGAAUUACCAGAAACACUUCCACUAAAAAAUCCAUAUCAUGAAGAAUAUCAACCAACAGAAAAUAAACCACGAGAUGUCGAAACAUUAGAAGAUAGAUGGCUACUAGAUCCAAAUUUUGGAAGAACGGUAGAGUGGAUAAAAGAACAAGAUGAAGACCAAUAUUCACAAGUACCGGAACAAACAAUAUCCAGAACCGCAUCAAGACCAAACUCACCAACAUCACCAACCUUCUUUAACAAAGCAAAGGAAGUGGUACAAGGCACUUUAA